AUGACGCCUUCAUCGCUCUCAAGGAAGUGCUUCGACGCCUUUGACAAUGCCAUGGAUGCACCGGAUGCGAGAAAUUGCUCUCCCAGGAGCAUGGGCAAUCCUGAAGCCAUUGGAAUACAAGUGCCUGGACAGGCAUGUGGUGAGGCUUCAAAGGCGCUCUUGCGGAAGCUGCAGCGGAACGUGGCGCAUGGAACCUCAAAAACACGGGUUCUCUCAGGUCAACUCACUCGUUCUUUCUAUUUGAGCCGAUGGCAUGAUCAUGCCAUUUUGGCUCAAGGAGCUCUACCAUCCUUUUUGAACGCUUUUCACGGCGUUCGCCGUCGGGCCUGGGUGAUUUCCAUGGGCUACCGUGGAGGUGGUGGUCACUGGAGCGGCCGUGGCGGUGGUGGAUGGGGCUCACAGGGAGCUACGUUCAGCUCAGGAGGAGCCAACGCGGCUCACAACCCCUUCGAAGUCAAGCUCCCAAAAUUCCUGGAGUGGCUCGAAUACAAUGAGGACAACAUGGCUGAGAACUCGAUCGUCAUGAUUGAUGAUCGGGACCUUCGCAUGGUAUCCCCUUUUCAGGGAUGGCUACCUCGUGAGAUCAUGGCAAACUCUGCGAGUUCCAUCAACGUGCUGACGGAACGUGAUCAGGUCAUGCCGCCAAACUCGGGGUUCCACUUGUCCCUGUUCGGGAAUUACACCCUCGAUGGAAUCAAAGCUGUGGUCGUGAUCGCCUUGGACACAGAGACUGGGGCAAUGAAUGCGGGCUGGGAUCGAGAGACGGCUGAGGCUCUCAGCCACCCUGCAUUCCAACCUUUUUCAUGGCCGUUGCUCAGGGACACGUCUGCAUCGUACACCGAUGUCAAGGUGUACAACGGCAACGAAGUUCUGUUCCAUUGGAUCUUUCGUGGAUACAGGGCAGACACGGAUCUCACAGUCCAGCAGCAGUUCGUCGAUGAGGUGCUCGUGAGAGAGGCCAACAGAGGACGAACUUACUCUGUCGGGCCGAAUGGAGCAGUGGUCGCUGGCGAUCAUGCGCGCUCGCGUUUCGAAUUGCGAGUGUGCAACCGAUCGUCACAAGAUGCGAUGGGCAACGAUGCUGAUAGGGUCGAGUUCCGGUUCAGGGAUGCCAACAACAGACUGGAUCUCAAGUGCCAGAGAACGUCAGUACCUGGCACGUGGCUCACCGUUUCUCACAUCUCUGGACCUACGCUCAUUCAGACCAUCCAGAAUGUCAGGCAGGCUCGUGCCAGGGUUGAAGGUCCAGAGCACACUGAGCAGUUCGGUCAGCUAGCAGCUGUUCAUGAGCAUUGGUUCCAUGCGGCGGUCGCCAAGAACCAGAGCGAAGUGGGAUCCACCGUCGACUUCAUCGGAAAUCUCGACGCGGGGAACUUCCACAUCACCUGCACGUCCAAGCUCUUGGUGGUGCAGCCGGAGAUCGUAAACCCCAAUGCUUUGGCCGAAAUGCAGCAUGCUGGCUCCAGCAGGAUGGCUCCAGCAGGACCGCCGGCUUUGACUGGUGGCGCGUGGAAGCAUGCGGCUGAAGAAGCCAACACAAGGGCAAAGGCGGAUCAGCCAGGGCUGUCUGUGACAGCUCAGGCAGACUACGAGCUGUCGAAGAGAUCUUUCAAUGCACCGCCGACACGCUCGACCGACCACAUCGAAGAUGAGGCUCGAGAUCAGGCGAGAAAUGAUAGGAGGUAUGCAAGAUCUUCGGCGCAGGUCACGCCGGCUGUUUUCGCCACACAGAUCCGGUCCCAUGUGUUCAACGAGACCACUGCUACCAUCGAGGAGCUCCCUCCAGGAGAUUUAGAGCUCCCACCAAGGGCCGAGCCGCCAUUGAGGAUGGCGGAGGUGGGCCAAGAUCCCUGGCCUCCUCACCACAGCAGGUUCAUGCGUAUGUUCACGAUUCCUGACGCCAAUGACAUGUUCAUGUCAUUAGACAGGAUCGUAAUAUUUUCUUCAUCUCGUCUCGGUCCCAUGGAUCGCUCGCUCGCAGCUUUCCUUCAGCUGCCGGUUUUUGACGAGCCGUUCGUGCGCGCUCUUUGCAAGCUGGGACUUGGGAGAUCCGGGUUUUGGCUGGCACUGGACGACAGCGAAGGGCCAGAUGAGCAGAUCGCACGGAUGCUCGUCGCUAUGGGGGGCGACCAGGAGGAUCGGGAUGCGGUGUUGAGACAGAUCGAACUGGUGCCUCUCCUGUUCAGUCUUGUGCACCAAUCGCGGGACAAGAUCAUGGGAGAGAUCGCCGCUGAUUUGGGUUUUGGGGAAGGGUCGGCGGUUAGGCCAGCCAGCAGGGUAGAUCCGCCCCGUAGGCAUGGCCUCCUGGAUCCGGCUGUUCCCUCGGUCAAGAAACCCAAGAUGAUCCCAGCAAGUGAAGAAGUCACAUCUUUGAAGUCAGAAGAACAGAAAGAGAAGAUCCGAUGGGCCGCAAGGCUCAAAGCGAUCGCAAUGAGAGCUGGAGAUCAUGCGCUCAUCAGCAAGCCGCUUCCCGGCCAGCAAAUAUCAGCGGAGGAGCAGGCUGAAAUUCGAUCCAUGGUUUUCAGCUCGGGUGCGUUUCGCACGAUUCGUGUGAACGUGUUGGUUUGGGAAAAGAUGGAGAAGUGGGCUAGUUCGGUGGAUGACAAGAUCAUAGGAUUACAAGCCAAUUGGAAAGAUCCCAGCCAAUUGGUGCUCAAGUACGCUAGACAGCGCAAAGAGCUCUCCAUACGUAUGGUCCAGGACCUAGCUGCUCGUAUCCGAGCGGAAUGGGUCCCAGAUCAGAACCAUUUCGAGGUGGAGGACGAUGACGAUGUCGUCGAACCCUCUCCUUGCGAAUACGUGGUUAAGAAUGCCAUCGACAAGACGUCUUCUCCCAAGUCGGCAAAGCGGAAAAGAAAGCUCGAGCGCUUGCGAGAGGAGCUCGCCAAGGCCAAGGCCACCAGUGCAAACAAGUCGAUCAAGCCAGACAAAGCCGGCAGCGCAGCAGAUCGUGACAAGCGCAUCCCAGACUCAGAGUGGAAGUCGAUCACCAAGGCGGCUCAGUCUGUCAAGGGUGCCAAGAGGUGCGAGGCCGUGCUCACGCGCGCCAUGCGCAACGCCGGAUUUGCCUGCCUCCCUCCGAUCGAGCUGGAAAAGAAUCAGUUCGCCGAUGGUGGUCCUCCUCCUUUGCGCUCGCCGCAAGCAUUGUUUGGACUGCCCGGUCUGAAGCCGGCUGAUCAGCUGAAGGUCGACAUCGGCAAUCAACUCAUGCAGCUCACAGCGGAUCUGAUUCACCAGUGCCAAAAGCACGGCGCCAAGUGGUCCGUGGAGAAUCCUUUAGGUUCAUACCUUUGGGCCAUGCCGCCACUGCAGGAGCUGGCAAUCUCAGGUCGUCGCAUCGAGCUCGACAUGUGCCGAUUUGGUUCCCCACACAUGAAGCCAACCGCGCUCCUCACCACGGCUGCGCUCGACUCUUUGGCUCAACGAUGUGACAUGUCAGUUCGACCUCACAACCAUGAUCCUCUGGUCGGCACGGAGAUGGUCCAAGGUCGGCGACAGUUCAAAACCAAACGAGCUCAAGUAUAUCCCUCUGAACUGUGCCGCCAGUGGGCGGCUGCCUUGGGUUCCGACUCCGAUCCCAAUGCCAAGACGUUCACUAUGACCACACCGGCCGCUGAUCGAAAAAGGCCGCUCGGACAACCAACCCCGUGGUCGGCUCACCGACAAGAAAGUUCCGGUCACAAGGCGGUUGGUGCGGGCUACCAACUCAAGAAGUCUGUGCUCCCGCCAUUGCCGGUGGCCGAGUUCGAACCAGGCGAAGCAGUGAAGAUCGCCCUCAACACCAUCCACCCGUUUUCCCGGGCACCAGCGCUGGAGCCUGAUCUGCAAGAAGCGCUGGCUCUUACAGCUCUUCAUCCUGAAUGGGUGGUCACGCAUCGGUGUCGCGCCUUGCACUACUGGGAGCAUCGCGCGGUGGCUCUACUCCCUCACACAGAUCACGAGCUCUCCGCAAUACCUGAUCCUUGGCUGCGGCGCUUGCUCCGAGGUGCAGAUGAUGGGAAGCCUGUCGCGCUGGGAACAUGCACUCACAUUGCUCUUUGGCGCGAACUCGCCGCAGCUGCGCGAUCCGUGGAUGCCAAGCUCGUGGAUCAGAUGCUCACAGGACUGCCAAUUGUCGGGAGAUUGGUGGGGGUGGUGCCAGAUGCUCCACCCAUGGCCGUGAUUGCGCCAUCAGAUAGAUCGAUCCUCUUUUUGCACAAGAGCUCACUUUAUUUCGCUUUGCACCAAGAUCCCUGGAUGAUGAUGUGGCAUGAUUGUCCACUUGCAGCGCUGCUUCGAUCGCAGCUUCGGCAGUGCAUUGAUCUCAGUGAUGUCUUGCACACUGUUGGCACGCCCCACGUUGUGGUUCACCCCGCCCCGGAGCGGCGAAGGGCGGGCCCUGUCACCAUGAGCGAAGAGAUUGACAGGCAUGUGCUCAGGAAGUACGAGAUCGUUCAAAAGCUGGGCCGCGGCGCCUAUGGCAUCGUUUGGAAGGCCAUCGACAAAAAGACCCGCGAGGUGGUCGCUCUCAAGAAGUGCUUCGACGCCUUUCAGAAUGCCACGGAUGCACAACGCACCUUCCGAGAAAUCAUGUUCUUGCAGGAGCUGAACGGGCACGAAAACAUCGUGCGGCUCUUGAAUGUGCUGAAGGCUGACAAUGACCAGGACAUCUACUUGAUAUGUGACUACAUGGAGUCUGAUUUGCACGCGGUCAUUCGCGCAAACAUCCUGGAAGAAAUUCACAAGCAGUAUAUCAUCUACCAGCUCCUCAAGUCAUUAAAGUUUAUGCACUCGGGGCAGAUGCUUCACCGGGACAUCAAACCCUCGAACAUCCUCUUAAAUUCGGACUGCCAAGUCAAGGUCUGCGACUUUGGCCUGGCAAGAAGUGUUGUGCAGCAGCAGGACAACGCUCAAAAUCCCGUGCUCACGGACUACGUGGCUACACGAUGGUACCGAGCGCCUGAGAUCCUCCUGGGCUCCACGUCCUACAUGAAGGGCGUCGACCUCUGGAGUGUGGGAUGUAUUCUUGGUGAGCUCCUUUCUGGAAAGCCCAUUUUUCCAGGAACCUCCACGAUGAAUCAGCUUGACCGCAUCAUGGAGGUGACUGGACGCCCCAGCUCCGAGGACGUCGACGCCAUCAAGUCGCCCUUCGCGGCGACGAUGCUGGAGUCCUUGCCCAUGAGCAGGCCGAGGCCCUUGAGUGAGAUGUUCCCCUCCGCUUCGGUGGAAGCACUGGAUCUUCUCCGCCUUUGCCUGCAGUUCAACCCCAACAAGCGCAUCACGGCAAAGGACGCCUUGCGGCACCCGUAUGUUGUGCAAUUUCACAAUCCCGAUGACGAAUUCGACUGCGACCGCACGAUUCGAAUUCCCAUCGACGACAACACAAAGCUUACUGUGCAGGAUUAUCGGGACAGGCUGUACAAUGAGGUCCUUAAGAAGAAGAAGGAACAGCGCCGAUCCCACCGAAGAAAUCUGGAGAUGCAGCAGCAGUCACAAACUGCCGUGGUUUCACAGACCUACCAGCAGCCGGGUGUUCCGCAGCAGUACCAGGCUCAUUAUGGGCAGGUCUCUUCUAGUGGUGCGCCAAUGGCUCACGCGGGCGCUGCUGGAGUUCCGCAGCAAUACCAGGCUCAUUAUGGGCAGGUCUCUGGUGGUGGUGCGCCAAUGGCUCAUGCGGGCGCUGCUGGAGUUCACCGCACCUCCCACUCUGGGGCACGAGCUCAUGCACCCUGA